AUGCGCUUCUUAACCCAAAUUCUGCCGUUCCUAAUCACUGGGGUGGCUACAGCUACCCCCUGCUCCAACAAUGAUACCGUUUUGGAGCGAGAUGUCGUCGUUAUUGGUGGCGGCUCAUCCGGCACCUACGCGGCUGUUCGGCUGAUGGACCAGGGCCAUUCCGUCGUUGUCCUCGAGAAGAACGACCACCUAGGAGGCCACACAGUCACCUACACGGACCCUGACACCAACCAGCCAUUCAACCUCGGAGUCGUUGUCUACCACAACUCCUCGAUCGUGCGAGACUACUUCGGCGGCCUCGGAGUGCCGCUUGCCAACGUCAGCUUCAGAGGCACAGAGCAAGUCUUUGUCGAUUUGUCCACUGGUCGCCCCGUGGACGGGUACACUCCCGUCGCCCCCGAGGCGCUGGGAGCUGCUAUUCAAAAGUAUGCCGGAAUUUAUACUGAGAAAUACCCAUAUCUCUCUCUCGGCUAUGACGUCCCCAACCCGGUUCCCGAGGAGCUCCUGGCACCUUACGCAGAUUUCAUCAAGGACAAUGACCUCGGAGACAUAGUUCAGCAAGUCAAUUCCAUCGCCGGAUGCAACGGUAACCUGCUGGAGAGGCCUACCAUCUACGGUCUCAAGGUGUUCAGCCCCCUACUUGUACAAGCCGCUGCGGCCGGGUUCAUCAAUGCCGCGUCAGGAAACAACCUCGAUCUAUACCAGGCUGCCCAGAGUCGCUUAAAUGAUAAGCAGAGCGUCGUUCUACAAUCUCGGAUCAAGAAGGUUACCAGAUCCCAGGACGGUGUCGAAGUUGUGGUCAAGACACCAAAGGGCCGCGUGGUUGUCAAAGCAAAGAAACUGGUGCUUGCCAUCCCGCCAACAAUUGAUAGCCUGACAUCUAUUGGGCUUGACCUCACGUCAGCAGAAACUGAACUAUUUUCCAAGUUCAAGGGUUUCUUGUAUGGGUCUACUGUCUUCACUCACCAAGGAAUCGACACCAAGAGGAGUUUCGGCAAUAUUGGCACGAAUACUCCCUAUAACCUUUUAACACUCCCCGGGUCAUAUUCAAUUGGUCCUCUUCUUGCCGGCAAUGUCUCGACUAACAAAAUAUCUGCAUAUUUUGGUGGUUUGGAUCCCGAUUUGACCGAACAGGAUAUCAAGGCUUUGGUCAAAGGCGAAUUGAACAACUUGGCAAAUGCAGGAACUAUCGGUCAGGGUGAGCCCGACUUCCAGUAUUUUGGGAAUCAUGCACCUUAUCACAUCCACGUCUCUCCUGAUGAUAUUCGUGAGGGGUUCUACAGUAAGCUCUACGAUCUGGAGGGCCAGAAGAAUACUUUCUGGACUGGAGCAGCUUUCGUAGACAAUGACAGCACACUCAUCUGGACAUGGACAGAGUCGUAUCUCCUUAAGCUCAUCCAAGACUCUUUAAAAUAG